GGAGACUUCAACAAAUAUUUACAUUUCAUACGAAAAAAGGAGGAAUCUUUUUAAUUUCGUGGUUGGUCAAUCUAGUUGCGAAGUGGAGAGGGAAGUAUAAUAAAUAAAAAAGUGAAACGCGUCCUGGGUAUCAGGGUCAUAGCGCCCGCCUUUCUUCUCUGCUCAGUCGCGAUUUCAGCUUCACAAGCAGGCAGCGUCUACAGUCACUACUUGCUAUCUACCUUCUCAGACUUCCCUAAAUUAUGGGGCGCAAACUUUUGUGGGUGGCUUUCUGUUUAUGGGCUUUAACAUGCUCUCUUCUUCCUUCUUUCUCUUCUGGACUUCUGAGAAUUGGUUUGAAGAAGAGGCGUUUAGAUCUCCAGAGCAUCAAAGCUGCCAGAAUUACAAGAGAACAGCUAAAACCAGGCAGACCAGUGAAGGGUGCACAUAGGUAUAUUGGUAGUUCGGACGAGGAUAUAGUACCCCUGAAGGAUUAUUUAAAUGCGCAAUAUUUUGGAGAGAUUGGAAUUGGUACGCCCCCACAAACCUUCACUGUCAUAUUUGAUACGGGUAGUUCCAACCUGUGGGUUCCGUCAUCAAAGUGCUAUUUUUCUAUUGCAUGCUAUUUCCAUUCUCGGUACAAAUCAAAGAAAUCAAGUACAUAUAGCAAGAAUGGAACUUCAUGUCAAAUAACCUAUGGAUCUGGAUCCAUAUCUGGCUUCUUCAGUCAAGAUAACGUUAAAGUUGGUGAUGUUGUUGUCAAGCAUCAAGAUUUCAUUGAGACAACCCGAGAAGGAAGUCUUACGUUUGUGUUAGCUAAGUUUGAUGGAAUACUUGGACUUGGGUUUCAGGAAAUCUCUGUUGAAAAAGCUGUUCCAGUAUGGUAUAAUAUGGUGGAUCAAGAUCUUGUAAGUGAUGAGGUAUUCUCUUUUUGGCUAAAUGGGGAUCCAGAUGCAGAAGAGGGUGGCGAAUUAGUUUUUGGAGGUGUUGAUCCAGAUCACUUCGAGGGAAAACAUACUUAUGUGCCCGUUACUAAAAAGGGUUACUGGCAGUUUGAAAUGGGUGAUUUUCUCAUUGGAGGUCUGUCAACAGGUGUUUGUAAGGACGGCUGUGCUGCUGUAGUUGAUUCCGGAACAUCCUUGCUUGCUGGUCCCACUUCUGUUGUGACUGAGAUCAACCAUGCCAUUGGAGCUGAAGGAAUUGUGAGUUCAGAAUGCAAGGAAGUUGUAUCUCAAUAUGGAGACUUGAUAUGGGAACUCUUAGUAUCAGGAGUACGGCCUGAUGAAGUAUGCACGCAACUUGGUCUGUGUUCUGCAUAUGUGGAACAAUCUAAGAGUACUGGGAUUGAGAUGGUUACUGAAAAGGAACAGAGAGAAGGGUUAUCAGCUAGAGAAGAUGCUUUGUGUACAUUUUGCGAGAUGGCCGUGAUUUGGAUCCAGAAUCAGUUAAAACGAAGAGUAACCAAGGAAAAAGUACUUAACUACAUAAAUCAGUUGUGUGAGAGACUGCCAAGUCCAGCCGGCGAGUCCACAAUAAGCUGUGAUAGUGUAUCUCAACUGCCAAACAUUACGCUUACAAUUGGAGAAAAACUUUUCGACCUCACCCCACAGCAGUAUAUUCUGAAAACGGGAGAAGGCCUGGCAGAAGUUUGCAUUAGUGGGUUUAUGGCAUUUGAUUUUCCUCCUCCACGGGGUCCCCUCUGGAUUGUGGGCGACAUUUUCAUGAGGGCAUACCAUACAGUGUUUGACUAUGGCAAUCUCCAACUAGGUUUUGCUAAAGCUGCCUGAUACGAGUUGUGGAAGAUUAUGUUGGGAAAAUCUUAAGAAGCUUGUGAUUGUAUUGUAAAUAAACAUGUGUGGCUAUGUAGCAUACCAUGGCUUGGGUUUCCGUAUGAAGGACAUAGUCAGGAUGAAGCAUUGUAACUUGAAGAUAUCCUCAUCGUAGAAGCAGUACUUGAUAUUGAAUGGCCCUGUAUUCAUCAAAAGCACGUAGCAGUACUUGAUAUUACUGAGGCUUAUGAUGAUUGUAACUUAUGAAGAGUGUGUGAAUAAACAUACCCAGUCUGUUAAUAUGGCACGGGUGAACUAGAAAGGUUUGUUCCUCCUUAACCUGACGGGUUAAAGUUAAACCGACUUGGACUUGGUUUGCUUCUAAGACGGUAGGUCUGACGCCCUUUUGUAAUAACAAUAACAAUAAUAAUUAAAUAGUUCAGAUCAAGGGAAGACUUGAGAACUUAUGUAUUAUGCAAAAUUUAGUGAGUAUAAGAGUAGCAUGGUUCAUGGUGAA